AUGGCGACAGUCACUGGAAGCUGCGACGAUGAAGUUGUUAUGUCAGAAAUCCAGUCGAAUCCGAAGACACCUCCAGGUAAUCUUAACAGUGAUACAAUCGAACAAAUUUCGAAAGCUGUACAGGAUCAACUUUCGGCUAUAUUGCCGAGUAUGAUUCAAGAAAUCAGCAAGUUAACUCCUCGUACUGAAGGAGCACACAUGUUGGCACAAACUCCCCGGUUAGCCGCCGGGUCAACACAAGGCUUACGAAAGCGUCCGUCGCACUCCCGGUUAGCCGCCGGGUCAACACAAGGCUUAAAUGAACAAACUGAACAAGUUUCAGACGAGAACGAGGACGUACAAGAGAUUAAUGCGGAGGAAUUUGAACCUCCUGCAAAGAAGGCCAACCUGUCUGAAUCCACGGAAUUUAGUGACCUAAACGAAGAUAGUCCUGGAUGCUGGGAAGCUUCAGAAGAACUCUCUAGUCUUCUUAAUGUUUUAUUCAUUGACAAAACGCUUUCUACAUACGAACGAAAGCAGAUAACUAAAGAAUUCCCGCGUCCAAAUAUCGAGGCAGUAUACACACCAGUUCUCGAUAAUUAUUUGAGCUCACUGAUUGCUGGAGCGAAAGGUGUAGACAAAGAGCCUAAAAGGCUCCAAGAUCAAAUUUUAGAUGUGGUUGGGCCAUUAUCGAUGGUCUUUGAGCAUGUAUCAGGAUGGCAAUCAAGCCAAGACAGUGCCGAGACAAUCACUGUACCUUCGAACAAUAUUAAUGGCCUCUAUGCAUGCCUGACAAAAGCCCUGUGUUUAUUGGGAAGUAUUAACAAUCAGUUAACAGUUCAGCGAAGAAAACAAAUUUUGGAUAAACUUAAUCCAAAGUUAAAUUCACUUGCCACUGAGCCAUUUCCAGAUGCCGGCAAGAUGUUGUUUGGUGAAUCCUUUGAAGAAAAGAUUAAACAAAGGAAUGAAACAGCUCGGAUUAUUUCAGCAGCAACUGCAAAGAAACCAGCAAAUCAGUUUUUUCGCAGAGGGGCCCCCUCCAGUUACCGCCCAUGGCGUGGGGGCCAGGAACGGGGCAGAUGGAAUUACCAAGCCAGAGGGAGGUACUCCUUUCGAACCCGUGGCCGGGGGAGAGGCAGAUUUCCAAACCCUCAAUUCCAAACAUCCCAGUCACAACAAAGCCAGCAGUGAUUGCUCAAAGUGGUCAAAUAACAGGUAUAUUAAAAAACGAAACAAACUUAACACAUUUCCCCCAAAUAAAUGCAUUGUGGGAAAAGUUCGGGCUGCGUCAUGUAAGCUCAAACCAGUUGCCACUAGCAGGUCGUUUAAAAUAUUUUGUAAAAAAUUGGGAAUUAGUGACAAACGACCCCUGGGUACUCCAGGCUGUGUCGGGGUACCAAAUUUGUUUUUCAAAUCUGCCAUUCCAGAAAACUAUUCCGGCAAUGAUGGUGUCAGUAGAGGACCAAGAGGUCAUAAACAAAGAGGUGGAAGAAUUGAUAGAAAAACAAGCAAUACAAUAUGUUCCACCACAACAACACAGCACAGGUUUUUUAAGCACGCUGUUUGUGGUCCCCAAGAAAGGUGGGGGGCACCGGCCAAUUUUCAAUCUCAAACAAUUGAACCACUUUGUUCAGUACGAACAUUUCAAAAUGGAGGGCAUACAUAUGCUGCGAGACCUCCUGCAACCAAACGAUUAUAUGGCAAAAAUCGAUCUAAAAGAUGCCUAUUUUACAAUUCCCAUUUGGAAGGAUCACCAAAAAUUCCUUCGCUUUCUUUGGAAAGAUACCCAAUGGGAAUUUAUGUGCCUGCCUUUCGGAUUGGCCAGUGCCCCACGCGUUUUCACAAAAAUCCUAAAACCAAUAGUUGGUUUGUUAAGAAAACAGGGCAUUCGAUUAAUAAUUUAUCUACACGAUAUAUUAUUGAUGGCAUCAACAGCCGAAACACUGUCACAUCAUGUGACACUUACAGUAGCACUCCUAGAGUUGUUGGGUUUUGUGGUAAACUACCAGAAAUCCCAACUGAAUCCAGUUCAAUCUCUCGAAUUCCUGGGCUUUCAAAUAAAUUCGGUAACAUUUCAAAUCAGUCUUCCCAAAGACAAAGUAAAAAACAUCAAACGCGAAUGUCAGAAAGUCCUAGACCACCAAACAAUAACGGUGAGAGAAUUAGCCAGGUUAUUAGGCAAGUUAAGUGCCUCAAUUCAAGCAGUUUUCCCGGCACCAUUGCAUUAUUGUUACCUCCAAGCUGUCAAAAAACAAAGCUUGGCAAAACGGGGAAGUUACAAGGCUCCAGUGAUUUGGUCGGCGGCAGCCCUCGAGGAGCUGAAAUGGUGGCGAGAUCACCUCGCUGCUUGGAAUGGAAAGGCUCUGUUGAGAGAGCCUCCAACGUUGAUUAUCGAGACAGAUGCAUCAACAACAGGUUGGGGAGCUCGUUGUGGGCAAACACAAACCAGGGGCCGUUGGUCCCAAACAGAGCGCCUGUUACACAUAAAUUGUCUGGAACUCCUUGCAGGGGGGUUCGCUCUCAAAUCAUUUCUAAAGAGCAAAUGCAAUAUCCAUGUUUUGUUGCUCAUGGACAACACGUCAGCCAUAAGUUACAUAAACAAAAUGGGUGGCUCAACAUCGUUAGUCCUAUCCAGCCUCGCCUUCGACCUUUGGCAAUGGUGUCUCGAACGCUCAAUCACAGUCGAGGCACACCAUUUGCCAGGGAGACUGAACACAGUAGCCGACUACGAGUCCCGAGCUGGUCCAGAUUCCAGCGAUUGGCAACUGGAUCCAGUUGUGUUUCAGAAAAUCAACUCCAAAUGGGGUCCAUUUGCAGUAGAUCUUUUUGCAACAAGACUGACAGCACAAUUGCCAAGAUUUGUGAGUUGGAAACCAGAUCCAGUGGCAGAGGCAGUGGAUGCCUUUACACUGGAUUGGAGCCAACUCGCAGGGUAUGUUUUCCCUCCAUUUGCCCUAAUAGGGCGUUGUCUGAGGCAGAUUCAACAACAGUCAGUUCCUCAAAUAACCAUGGUCACACCAGUGUGGGAGACCCAGUCCUGGUAUCCGCUACUGCUGGGAAUGAUAAUAGAAGCCCCAGUGCUACUACCAUCAUUCCCAGGGUUAUUGAGACAAGAAGACAAACUACAUCCUCUUGCUCACCUGCAGUUAGCCGCAUGGCGUGUCUCAGGAGAAAUUUCCAAAGUGCGUCAAUUUCACAGGCAGCUCAAGGACUUCUCUUGGCUGCAUGGAGAGCCCGAACAGAGAAGACUUACUCUUCUGCCUGGCGGAAGUGGACUGGCUGGUGUAGUGAACAACAAGUCAAUCCACUUUCAGCACCUUUAGAGGCCAUAGUGAACUUUAUAGCUAUUCAGUUUGAAUUAGGGCUAGAAUACCGUACACUCAAUGUUUAUCGGUCAGCUAUAUCUGCUACACAUCCACAGAUCCAAGGUUGGAAUGUAGGCGAGCACCCGGUAAUAGUUCAAUUGUUGAAAGGGAUUUUUAAUUCUCGUCCUCCUAUGCCUAGGUAUAUUAAUACUUGGGAUGUGAAUGCAGUCACAAAGUAUUUUGAAAGUUGCAGUGCGAAUGACAAACUAACAUUAAAACAAUUGAGUAAGAAACUAGUUGUGCUGCUAGCACUUACUUCAGCAGAAAGAGGCUCAGAAUUAAUUGCUCAUGAUUUAAGGUUCAGGCGAUUCCAUCCAGAAGGGGUAUCGUUUAACCUUCCGGAGCUUACCAAAGGAGUUCGUACAGGGAAACCACUGAAAAUCUCUUUUCAUGCAAAUUUUCCCACAAAUGAGUUGCUGUGUCCUGUCGCAUGUCUCAAAGAGUAUGAGAAACGAACAAAAAAUUUUCGUCCGAGUGCCAGCAAAGAACCAAAUAAACUGUUUUUAUCAGUAAAUAAACCUCACAAACCUAUAACCUCCUCAACGUUGUCCCAUUGGGUAAAGGAUUGCUUACUAGAAGCAGGAAUAGACAACAAUGUAUUUAAAGCACACUCUACAAGAGGUGCAUCGACGUCUGCAGCAGCUAGAGCUGGUAUUUCUCUUCCUGAAAUAAUCAAAUUGGGAGACUGGACAAAGGAUAGUACCUUCAAGCGAUUCUAUUAUCGUCCGGUAUGGAAUGCUACUGUAGGUCGUUCGAUAUUACACAAUGCUUCAGUAGGAUGA